CCGGGCCCUUCUCGCCGGGUGGGCGGUAGGGGUGAGGGAGGUGAAACUCUGUGGGGGCUCCCAAAUGCAGGAGCAGUCCCACAUCUCUGCGUGGGUCUUGCUGUCAAAUAGGCCACCCAAAGACAACUUGUAAACUAGGUCAUUUGUAGGGUGUGCCUUCCGAACUUAGAGGAAUGAAAACAAAAAGUUGUCAUCUGUUGGUUAGUAUUCGUCUUCAUGGAGACAAACACAUGAGAAGGUCCGAUCAGAACAGUGGUGUUCACCUCAAGAUGCCCAAAGGGAAAAUACUCAUCUACAAGUCUCAUCUUUCAAAACUGUCUGCAUUCUUUCAGUCAAAGAAAAACAUUCUUGGACAAAGAUGACUUGCGAACAAAGCUGGCUUUGCAAGGAUGCUGAAUGAAAGACAACAUGCCUUACAAUGGACACUUAUCUUGAAGGGGUGACACUGUGCUCUUAAACUGAAACACAAGCACUGUGAAAACUGAUCCUGAACAAGAAUAAGGAUUAUAGAAAUUGCAUCAGAAUGUUUGUUAGUCCCAGAAGAGUCAGAAAAUGCCAUUUUUUGCAGAUAUUUGCCACGUGCUUCAUACUGUGUCUCAUGAUUUUUUGGGGACCAUUUGAUAAUCACAUUGUGAGCCAUAUGAAGUCCUAUUCAUACAGAUACCUCAUAAAUAGCUACCAUUUUGUGAAUGACAGCCUGUCUAUCAACAGGGAUAACUUGGACAGAGUGUCAAGCUACCAGUACUUGAUCAACCACAGAGGGAAAUGUCAGAAGCAGGAUGUCCUUCUCCUGUUGUUUGUGAAGACUUCUCCUGAAAACCGUCAUCGGAGAGAUGCAAUUAGACAAACUUGGGGAAAUGAGAAGUAUGUUCGUUCUAAACUUAAUGCCACCAUUAAAACUCUCUUUGCUUUGGGACGACCAACAGAUCACCUGCUGCUAAGAGAACUUCACCUGGAAGACCAGAAGUACAAUGAUUUGAUUCAGCAAGACUUCCUGGAUACUUUUCACAAUCUUACUCUUAAAUUGCUGUUGCAGUUUAGCUGGGUGAAUGCCUACUGUCCUCAUGCCAGGUUCAUUAUGUCUGCAGAUGAUGAUAUCUUUAUCCAUAUGCCAAAUCUUGUUGCUUAUCUCCAAAGUCUAGCACAAAUGGGUGUUCAAGAUCUCUGGAUUGGUCGUGUCCAUCGCGGAUCCCCUCCCAUAAGAGACAAGAGUAGCAAAUACUAUGUUCCGUAUGAAAUGUACCAGUGGCCCUCUUAUCCUGACUACACAGCAGGAGCUGCGUAUGUAAUAUCAAAUGAUGUAGCAGCUAAAGUAUAUGAGGCUUCGUUGACUCUCAAUACAAGUCUUUAUAUAGAUGAUGUUUUCAUGGGUCUCUGUGCCAAUAAAAUGGGAAUUGUACCACAACAUCAUGUAUUUUUUUCUGGGGAAGGAAAGGCUCCAUACCAUCCCUGCAUUUAUAAUAAAAUGAUGACAUCUCAUGGACAUGUAUAUGAUCUUCAACAGCUAUGGAAGCAGGCUACAGAUCCUAAAGUUAAAAAGAUCUCUUCGGGAAUUUGGGGUAGAAUAUACUGCAGGAUAGUCAAUAUAAUGCUUCUCUGUAAACUAUACUAUGAGGACACAUACCCUUGUUCAGCUGCAUUUGCUUAAUACUUGAAUAUCUGUGUUGAAGAUUCACUGAGCCAAAACAGAGCAACGACUUUUUAGCUGUUUAUUCAAAAGAUAAAGAGGUAAAAUUCACAUGUGAACAGGGUGGGGAGGGAAGAUGGUCCUAAAUUCUAUCCAGAAACUUACUGGAAUAGCUCUCCUAUUAUACUGUAACUUUUUACAUUGUAGCCUGGUUUUUCACACUCUUCAAGGGAUGCAAUUCUGGAUUAAAUAACUGUAAUGGACUUGACUUCUACGCUUUGAAAUGCAUGGUGAAAAUGUGUUACUUUGAACUUGUCAGU